GUAGGGGGCCAUGGGCUUCAAGCUUCCGUUCUCUCCCUGGCCGCUGCUAAUUCUCCCUAACUCAGUUUUUCUUCUCCGGGGACGACGAGCAUUGGUCUUCUCCGGCAGCGGUGACUGCCCAGACCACCGUGCAACCAAAGGUUAAAAGUAUAAUUUUACAUAGAUGCUGACAUCAGCAAAAUAAUAUACAAAUACAAACUUCUAGAAAGGGGUCUUAUGUAUUUCAUUAGAGCCCAAAAUUUUUUGAUCCAACAAUCAAAUUUCCCGCGCACCAAACCCAAACCUACGCCACGCGCGGGAGCUGCUGAAUUUCUCUCUUUCCGACAAGUUUCUCCUUCGCAGGACAAUUGAACCACCUCGCGACGACGGGUUUCCUUUGGAGGUUUGUGGUUCACGCGUCGAUAAGGCACGAGUACUCGAGGCGAACGUGUAGCAACGAUUGAAUGCCUUCCAGUAGUUAGCAGCAGCAUUUUUCUUCUUUUUGUCGAACCACGGCUUUGACCCUCACUUAGUGUGGCUUCAAAUCGAAUUACUCAGUCCAUAAGGUUCUGAUCUACAAGUUUGGACACUUUCGAACACCGACCAACUAAGAUCGGAGCCCUUCAGCUUCUGAAAAGUUGACAUUUGUUCAAGGAAUUGAAUUUUUGGAUUGAGAAUGGUUGGUCGUUAAUCUUGAGGUAUUGAACAUUGGGCUGGAGUACGUGUUGAAUGCUCUCAGAAUGACAAGUUAUUAUGAUAUUGAUGACAUUCUUGCAGAGGAAGAGCUUGUCUCAGUUGUGUUCCAAAAGGCAGUUAAUGGAGUUGGAAUUGAUCCCAGUUCUGAAACAGAUUCUGUUGAAUCUGGAUCCAAAGUAGAGCUACCCUUUUGGCUUGCACAAGAGCUGCAUCUGAGACAAGUGGCGGUUAUGGCCUUACCUUCCUGUUUUAACCAAAGAACACGACUGGAAAUUCAGGCUGAUGCUGCAUUUGUUGAUCUUCGAUCUAGAUGUCAAUUCUUCUAUGAAUUUGGAUGCAAGAUUGCACCUUUGGUUGGCGAUAGAACAAUCGGUUCUUGGCUUCUAUCGACUUUCAAGAGUAGGUACAAGGAAGUUCUUACGAAGGCUCACAGUGCAGUAUUUGCGGCAAGUUCUAAAUAUUUGGCACUUCUGUCAAAAGAAGAAACCAAAAUGUAUGAAGCAGCUCAAUCCUCCAUGACAGCCUUCAAGAAAUGGAGAAUGGGUGGACCUAGAUUCCAGAGAGCAUCCUUUCUAAGCAGGAAGAGGAAGUCAACUGAGUAGCCACUAAUUUGAUCUUAAAUUUAUUCUAUAUAAAGUAUCUUAAAUCUAAGUUUGUAUCCCCCCUUCCUGGAAAAGUAGUCACUUAUUCCUAAUUUGCUUAUAUUUAUUUCAUGAGUAAUUUUGAUGCUUAGUUUUUUUUCUAUAAAUUAAAUUACAAUAAUUAUUAUUUUAUUUUACUCUUCAUACUACUUUUUACAUUUCCAUU